AUGCUCACGAAGGCAGAUAAGGAAGUACUCACUCGCGGCGGCUUGAUCUGGAGCGGUCCUCAAACCCAUCAGAAAGUUGAAGGCGUGCCCAUGGCAAUCCCUUUCCUCAUACCUCUCCGAAAAGAACCCAACUCCGAUAUGAAGCCAGACCGUUUGCUACACCUCACAGCCCGCAUCGGCAUACCUCUCAAUUUCUGCGUCUUGGAAGACCCAUGUCUGCAGGAAACGAUACUGCAGGCUCUCAUCACUCGACUCGAUCUCGAAGCAACGCCAGAAAACGGGGUAUUGCACCAUCUCUCCGCCACCACGACUUCGACCUCCCCAAUGACUAUGCAUUGCGAGAGCACGAAGGGCAUCAUCCUACUUGCUCGUGUCGAUGGCAAACCGCUCCAUCUCGGAGUUGCCAACAUGAUCUGGUUAUUCGUUGAGACUUUCUUCGGCAUGAUCCGGGACGUGGAGGAGCGGUCGAAGCAGACCGGACUCCCGCCAAAGCAGACCUACUAUGAGCUUUUCGAACGCUAUAUGAAGCCGGAGGAAUUUGUGAAGUUCUGGGAUACGUGCGCCGGAAGUCUCGAAGAGGCAAGGGAUGUGCAGUGUCCAGUCUGCGUCGCCUGCAAAGCAUGUGGAAAUGCGAGUGGCCCUUUCAUGCGGUGUGGAAGGUGCGAAAUCGCGAAGUACUGUAACCAGGCGUGCCAGAAGGAAGAUUGGAGGGAACAUAAGAAGGUCUGUACGAAGGCUUGA